CUAGAACAUCUUCAAGAAUAGUUGCCAUAACAGCACGUCAACAGCAUCUUAUGAACACUGUGUCUGUUCACGUAGAAAAUAGACAUCGUCCAAAACCACGCUCACUAUUUACCUUCAAAUGAUGGCACUAAAUCCAGCUCAGACGGAUGGCAUGGGAGGCCACGUGGACAUCUGUAUCUGCCCAGACUGCACGGAGGACCUGACGACACUUGCGGAGCGAAUUACCGCUAACCACCUCGCCAACAUUAGCAGAGCCGCUCACAAAUGUCGGGAACAGGUGGAGGAUCUGGACGCGUUCUCGGACUUCCCGAGCCCAAAAGACGCAAAAGUCGUUCAGAUGGUCACAGAGAAGACGAUGAAGCCAUCUCUAGAGAUAAUGUUGGCGAUAGUUUACAGAGCUAACACCAGGAGCACCUCCGUACACAGGAGGCGCAAAAAAGAGCAGAACUCCUUCGCGAGGUACCAGCUUGGAGGCGUUCCCGUGUGUGCUCUAUCCAUGUUCUUCUGUAACAUUUGUAUGUACGAACCCGCACUUGCAAAGAUGGGCGAGUUCGCUCCCCAACUACUCAGUCUCUAUCAGGUCAUGCUGACUGCCGCGCUAGAGCAUCCGGAGCUGACGGAGUUAAACCACCGCGGCCUGUUUCGCGCCAAAGACGAGGAAGACAACGACAGCAGUGACAGCAGUAGUGACGACGAUGACAACGAUUUAGACUUUGUGCCGUGGUUAGUCCUGUGGGGCAUCCACAACACCCUGACGACCAUGAAGGCUCGCCGUCUGCUCGCCAUGCUCGGCGAGGGACACCCCAAACUGCCGUCCUUCGGGCAUCUCCUGAUCCAGAUGUUGCAGAAAGACAACGUCGUCACCACCUGGUUUGGUUUGAGAAUGGCUCUGUACGUAGCAGAGGUUGGUGGGCCGGACUGUGUCGCCAAACUGGAAGCGCUUGGCAUGAAGGAGGCUGUACAGACUAUCCUGGACAAAGCUCGCAGCUACUGGCAAGAAAACACGGGCUUAAAACACAAAGAAUCUGACUUUGUGAGCUGUCUACUUCGCCAUGCUUCCCUCGUGACAUGGGAGCUACAGGAGCCAGGCAAAGUCAACUACUACAAGUCGCAAAGCCGCCUGGACCGGCUGGCGACCAAACACGACCACGACGACUGUAUCUUCUCCCCGCAGAUGCUUCGAGAAGACGGCCUGAUCCUGGACGCGGUGUGUUCCUCUCCCAUCUGUUUCAACAGUGAGAAGGACGCGCCCGCCAGGUUCGGGGCAUGCGAGAGAUGCCGCAUGGCGCGCUACUGCAGUGUCGAGUGCCAGAGGAUCCACUGGUUUGACAGCCACAAGGAAUUCUGCUGUAACAAGAAGGACAUUCUAGCCAGUUUCAGACAAACCAUCAAGACUAGUGUAGACUCCAAAUAGAGUUUACCACGGAGGCCAUUGUUGUAAAGAAACGAACUUUCUAACGCCAAUUUAGGUGUGAUCUUACAGAGACAUGAAAAAGUAAGAUUGUGGAGCUUUACAUGUCAGU